UGAUAUGAGUGCUGUGUCGCGCCGUCUCUUGGGUUUUCUUAUAUUCCUUUUAAAUAUUAAUGCGUUAGUUGAUUAAUCUUAUGUUACGGUAAGAAUGAAAGAUGAGGCAGUAUAAUAUACGUCAAAAGAGGUUGCACAUGGAAGACAAACGGUAGAAUAUUAGUAUUUUGCAUACGAAGUCAUUUCCCACGACCCUUGGCCCAAGCAAAGAAAAUGGAAGCCAUGGAAGGAGAUAAUUCUGACUAUGAGAAUGAAUUAGGCCCAGUACCUGUGAGUGAGCUUCAGAAGCAAGUAGAAGUUGGGAAGUUAAUUGACAGAGCUUUUGAACACGUCAGGCACAGCCAAGCAGCAGAAGAAGUAGCAGAUAUUGUAGCUGGUGCAGAAGGUCUCCAUCUUUUUGAUGGAGUUGCUGCAAUACAGGACCCUUUAGCUCCGGAGAUUCAGGCAGGCAACUUUAGGGCAUUGCACUCUUCCAGUGGAGUUGGGUCUGAUGGAACUGGAUCUCGGAGUAUAAACCUUCGCUACUCAGGCACAGCAAGCAACGAUGCUCAAAAUUUUGCUGGAAAUGGUGACACUGUUGAUGAUCUUUUAAAAGCAGCGCCAUCCUUGGAGACAUUGCACAAGCUGAACUUAACACUUCAGAAACGGAUUGAAGACAAAAUAGUCCAACUAGAGAGGAUAUUGCAGACAAACCUUGCUAGACAGGCACAUCUAAAAGAUGAAAUAUCACAAGACAGAGCGACCAGUGACCAGGAGAAGAAGGGAGAUACAAGGGAAAAAGCACCUUUCCGAGUUUCAAAUUUUUGCGUUCCCUAUUUCAAAAAUCGUAGUGGAAUGAAUGCUCCUAAGAAUGAAGAUGCUAGGUUCAAGCUCGACAAUGGCUGCCUGGACCUUUACACAACACGGGCACGCCAGUGGAAGGCCAGGGAAAAGGAGGCCUUGAAAGAGAGUGUGCACAAGGAAUGGAAGCAGCAGCUCAUAGACACAAAGGAACUGAAGCAGAGGGAUCUCCAGAGAAGGCUGAGGAACGCCGACACCAGCAGCGAAGAAACAUCGUUGGAAGAGAUGAAAGAAGACAUCGAGAAGCAAAUUAGGGAAUUAAGAUUGACACCGGCAGAAUCUCUAACACCUCCCCCACAUGAAAAAUUGGACUGGGAGAAAAUAGCAGCGCAGACAUUUGAUGGCCAUCGAACUUCUGAUGAGUGCAGCUUGCAGUGGGAGAACCUUCUUCACCCUACCAUAAAUACUUCAGAUUGGGAUCCUAAGGAAGAUAUGGCUAUUCAGGAACUGGUGACAUCAAGCAAGCAUGACAUUCCAGACUGGAGCAAAAUUGCAUUAAAAUUAAAGACAAACCGCACAGGAUAUCUGGUGAUGCAGCGGUGGGUAUCAUUUAUUGCUCCUGCUCUAAACCCUGCCAAGUGGACACCAGAAUCAACUCAGAAAUUGAUUGACACUGUGAACAUGCUUAGGGUUAGCAACUGCAUUCCAUGGGCACAGGUUCAUCAACAUCUUGUGGGUUUUAGCCGUCAUCAAAUCCAAAGUCGGUGGCGACAAAUCAACCCUGAACAGUCAAAGGGUCCUUUUACAGUGGAAGAGGACUUCAUUCUUAUAAAAGGCUUACACAUGUUUGGCUUGAAUUUUUCAAGCAUUGCCCACUUCAUGCCAGGUCGAUCGUAUGCCCAAGUUCGUGAUAGAUACAAGCGAACUAUCCUGCCAAACUUAACCUACAAACCCUGGACAAAAGAAGAAGAUGAAAUUUUGAUUCAGGAAUGCCAAGUUGGCCCUCGCAAUUGGCGUAAGAUGAUCCUGCAGCUGCCAAGGCGAAAUGCCUGUCAGAUCAGAGUGAGAUAUCACAUUCUCCAAGAAUGGCAGACCCUGACAGACAGUAAUUUGCCCCCUCCUCCCUUGUUCCCAGUGACCACAACCACCGAUACAGAAAUGAUCAACAAGAUUUGCAUGAACAUGAUUCGGGACACUAACCAGGUCAAGGAACUAGUGGACCAGAGUAGAGCAAAAACUGAUACGAAAGAUGCAGUGAUGGUGUUGGAGAACCGCCGCAAGGAGAUAAAAGCGAGGAAGGCUGGUAACUCCAUGCAGAAACUAAAGUGCGUAACGGAGAAACGAGGACGGAGACAAGGAACUCCUAAUCCGCACCAGAUCACACUUGAAAAUGCUUUUCUCACACAAUUCUUUCUUCCUUGGAGGUGCUAUCCGGGAAGUAUAAGUAUUUCAAGUGAGAUUGUUCAGUCAAAUCUCUGUUUGCUGGGUAAGGUUCAGCAGUUGAAGAUUUCUUCUGUGGUUUCUCCGGAAGAGCGAAAGAUGUUGAGUGCCCUCCAGUUGUCUGACAUAGAUACUGAUGUUGUUGACUCAUUGGUCAUAAAACCAGGGGGGGAAGAAGCAGCAGAUGAAUUUGGGGCUCAUGCUGAUGCUUGUCCAGAGACCAUCCCUCUCAUCCCACCCAACCAAACAACCAUAGGGGCCUUUAUUUCCCUCUUGUUGCACCGACCUCAGCUGGAGCAGAUGGCCUCAGGUGGUAUGAUAACAUCCAAAUUAAGAAAGCUACAGGAAGCUGGUCAGUCAAGCCAGAGAGGUCGGAAGAGGAAAUUAUUGAAAAACUUCAGGGACUUGUGCCCAAGGACAAGCAAGGGACUGGCCAGUGAUUGGUCGGAUAUUGACAGCCCAGAGGAGGUUGAAAGUUCAGAAACAAGAACAGCACAACAGAAAGUUCACAUUACAUCUGUGGAAUUGAACAAGACAGAGCCAGCAGCUAAAGUCAGAAGGAUGCGUAGGAAGAAUGUACGAAGACAAAUUGCAGAAAAUCUUACAACAUAUUCACGAGGCAAAAUUGGUGGAAACCCCAUUCCCAUAAGUAUGAGUGAAUCUACUGCAGAGGCCGGAAAAGCAAGUACAGUGGAUGCAGUGGUGUCAAAAGAGAUAGAAAGGGAGGAAGCAGCUGGACGUCAACAUGCAGAUGAGCUGCUCUUCCACAGGAUGCUGUCUUUGUUCUACUGGCCUACCUUAAUGAGCAAGUGCAGUCCUCCAGUGCAGCACACUCAAGCAGCUAAGGAGAAGCAAGCUGCUGCCGCUGCAAAGACUGAGAAGCCACAGCGAGUGAAAAAGAGGCUUUUGUUAACCAAAGAUGACCUUGAAACAGAGGAACAGGAAGAAUACAUAUCCCACUUAGAAAGAAUAGAAAAACUGCGUAAAAAAAAACUGAAGAAGCGGCAACUUUCCACAGACAGCUCAGAGGAUUGUGCAGUGGAGGAGAAUACAGUUUACGCAACACCUUCAGAAACAGAUGGAACUGAAGGGGAAUUCACACUGGAAGAGGAGGAAGGAACUGAUUCCCAGGUAUAUGAAAGUGAGCUUCAGGCUGCCGAUGGAGCCCAAGUUGUCAAGAGAAGAAAGGAAGGAGGCAGAGGGAGAGGACAGGGAAGUAGAAGUGGAAGUGGAAGUGGAAGAGGUAGAGGAAGAGGAAGAGGAAGAGGAAAAGGAAGGGGAAGAGGAAAAGGUCGAUCCCAAGAAACACUCGAAGGAAGGAGUAAAGAGAGCCACACAGACAAGAAUUUUGCAUGGAAAGUCACAGAAAACCAGUCGGAGUUGAAGGAUAGAGAGAGUUCUAACUCAGAAGAAGAUAUUCCCCUUAAUCUGGGAAUUGGUGUUAAUGUAUACAGAAGAAAACAGGGUAUCACGAAUCUUAAAAGAUCUCUUAUUAUGAAGAAGGUGUGGGAGAAGAGACGCCAGGGCAGUUACCCAGAUCGCACAAGCAAGAGACAGGCCAGGGUUUAUCAGCCCCGAGCAUCCAGAACGAGAGACUGCGUGCGCAAGGAAUUUUUGAGGCCCCCCAAAACCCCAAGGCCAUGGGACCUUCCCCUUGAUGGUCCUAUAAGGGUGAAGCCCAUGGUGUCAUCUGACCAGACAGAAAAUGACAUGGCUAAUGAAGAAGGAGGAGAAACAGGAUUGUUGGAGUAAUGUAGUGGUAUUAUUCAGUUUUUCAAGCCAAGAAAUGCCCUCCUUUGGGUUCAUCAGGUCACACUGUGUCAUAUGAAGAAUUCUUACAUUAUUCUUCAUAUAACAUACUUUUCUAUUCUUCAUAUAACACAGUAUUUUUCAUAUACUUACAGAAGAGUCUUUUAUGUUUAAAAUUUUGUUGUUUGUUGUUUUGUUGUUGAGUGUUUGUCUCUGUCUGUGCCUUUGUUCAUGUGUCUUUCGAGUUCUUUAAUUAACAGGAAGAGGUAAAUGAACAUUUAAAAUGAAAUAAAGAAUAUAAAAAUAUUCUAUGAGGACUGAUUAUUUUAUUUAGAUACUUGAGGAGCAAUUAUUUUUAUGAAAGUAUUGUUAUUUCUUGUUCAUCUGAGGCAUAUAAAAUAAUUUGUUGUCAGUUGUUUUAGAGCGGGAUGGUGAAGUAUGUGUAAAAUGUAGUUUUUGUAUAAAACGAAAAGUCAAAUUUUGUGAUGUAAAGAAAAAAGAAAAUUGAAAUAUGGAAGAAUGGAUAUUAUUUGUCCUGUUCAGUUACAGAUGUAUGUAGAAACUUGCAUCUGCAUCUGUUUGUAUGUAUGCAGUACAUUUGCACAUGUAGAUAUGCAUAGAUUUUCUCCUUAUAUUUGAACAUGCAUUGUUAUUCUCCAACUUUUUGUAGGAAUCAGGAAAACACUUGGUGAAAUAUACUUGUAUAAUUCUUUAUUUAACAUUUCAGUACAGUUCUUUGAAGAAAUGAUUUGUUAUCUGGCUUGUAGAAGUAAUGGCACUUUGUUUGAAUAUUACAUUAUUCAGCUGAAGUUUUCUUUUAAGAGUGUUGUGGCUAAUAAUACUUUCUGCACACCUCCUAAUCUGAAAAUAUAUUGAUUUCAUUUGAAUGAGGAGUAAAAAUGUGUAUUCUCUUAAUAAAACGUGGUAUGACGGAAAAAUUGAAAAUAAGCAUUCCCAUUGAAUGUGCUAGUAAUUGUGUUAACAUUAAUCUAAUUUUGUUAGUAUUUGAAACAAAAUAUGUAUGGAGUAGAGUUAUGC